AUGACUUCAACGGGAUUACCAUCCGCUAUCCGUAUUCAGUCACAAACUAGUAACUCCACACCAUCGGAGAUUCCACAAAUUCCUAGGUUGAUUCGGUUAGAUAAUGCAGAUAUGAGUGUAAUAGACAAAAAUAAAGAAAUAUCAAGCAAUAAAAGUGAGUCUAAAAUGGGGACAGGGCCGACGGAAGGUAAGCCAGUGCCGGCAUUGGCUCGGAUGAGUAAGCGAUCGUCGUCUUCAUCAAACGAUCUUCUAUAUGAAAGAGAUAGAUUCAAGGCGAGGCUUCAGACGCUCAAUACAAAGGGAAAUAAUAUACAGAAGGCUAAUGGAAAGAAUGAGGUUAUAGAUUCCGAUAAUUGUACUGUUGUGGACGAGAACUGUGAAGUGUGCGAUGGACUAAUAGGGACCAAGACGACCAAGUUGAAUGUGGAGUCGGACCAUGAAUGCAUAAAACAGUGUACGAUAGAAGAAGGCAUUUCUCCACUAGAUAGUGGGUCGAAGUUUUACAAGGAGGAUUUGAAGGUAGUGCAGCCGUUUAAGGAGAUCAAUACACGAAUUCUGGUGAAAUCAAUAACAUACGAGCAGCUACAAUAUGUAUUCAAUUGGUACUUCAAUAGGCCGCUUCCGCCCACAAAGGACAUGUUUCCUUGGCUCCAUGGAAUCCACAAGGAGAAUUUUGCCCAAAGACAAUAUUUUAUCCAGCAAACUAGCUAUUCAUUGAAUAAUUUUGAUCAAUCGAGGCCAGUAAGUGCAAGGUUUUUAAUGUGUGUAAAUUCCUCGUCAAAUAGCUUAUCGGGCCAGCCAUUGCUUAAAAAUACGGUUAAACUCAAUGAAAUAUUACAACCCAUUGACAUCUCGAAGGCAGAGGUAUCAGACUUAAUAUACGAUAUUGUUAGCAAGAUAUUUGAAAAUGAGGACCUACCAACUCUAAAUGAGGUAUUAGGUGUAUUUUUCGACGACUGUAUAAGUAUUGGUCAUCUCCCAUUCUUUCUUGAUUUGGACCCCGAUUCAGGUGUAUCAUUAAGGAAUUUUCAUAUUCAAGUAGCCAAGCUGGCUCUUUGCUCUGAUUUCGUUGUAUACUGCUUUCAUCAGAAUCACAGUACUUAUAGUUGUCGAUGUGGUGCUAUAGCUCGUAUCGUAUGGCUUACUCAAAUAUAUAGUGCUUAUCGUGAAGGCCAAGAAAGCUCGAGAUAUAAUGUUUUUGUUCCUGAUGAUAUACAAUUCUUAGACAACAUAUUACGGAACCAAAACGAGUAUACAAAAUUUGAAGGCUUAUUUACAUUCAAACCUAAUAAUUCAGUCCUAGCAUCCUCCCUAGACUCAAAUAAAAAGACGCAGAUAAGCUUGAAAUUGGAUGCAUUCAAAUCUAAUACAUUGUCAAUUUGGGAUAAUGAUUAUCAGAUUAAGGAAAAAAUCGAAACCACCAGAAUGUCUGCUGCUACUAAGAUAAAUAAGAAUGUUUGGGUUGGUAACAUAUGGGACCAUCAAAUAAUGCUAAUCAAUUUACUGAGAAAUUCAGGGAAUUUAGAAGUUACAUUCGAUACUUCAGAUAAAGUUAAAGAUUUAUAUUGCGACCCUCAUAAUUCGAUAAUUACGAAGGAGACAGCUAACUCCAAUGAUAUAUUUACCUAUUUACCACAUCCAAAGGCGAAUUGGCGUUUAUUUAUACACUGUCAUAAUGAUGCUUCUUUUCCAGAUCUACCAACACUUUCCUCGUUACUAUUCAAAUAUACCAUUUCAACUCAUCACUCAACUGAUCAAGAGUUUCAUACUUUGGAGUUCCCACCAUCUGGAUCAAUAGGACUUGGAGAUUGUCGUAAAGAGGCGUUGAUGGCGAUUGUGAAUACCUGUAAAUUACUUUACUUAUAUUCAUCCUCAACAUCAUAUGAUAGAGAUGUGUUAAGCUCAUUAAUUUAUUGCUCAGAUGGGUAUACAGAACUGUCAUUAUUAGUCUUGUGCUAUUUAAUGUAUUCAAAGAAUAUUGAGCUAGACCAAGCAAUGCUUGAUUUGCACUUAGAUUACGGCCGGCCGUUUUAUAUUUUUAAUACUGAUGUUACAAUUUUGAAGAAAUUACAAAUUAUUUUGAAUAAAUUCUCUCCACAAACGUUGGGAAGCUCAAUAAAUUGGCGAGAAUUAGAAACCAUAACGAACCAAGAGCUUAAUGAAUUAUUUUUACCACAGAUGUCUAGUUCGAUACCUAACCAAUCCAUUGCCAAGAACUUAAAACUAGGUUAUAUCGUGAAUGAAUCGGACUCGGAUUCUAGUUCAGAUGAGGCCAAUGAUGAUUCUGACUGGGAUGAUGAAUUCUGCUCCCCUACAGAUUGGGUUAAGGAUGUCGAAGGUUCAAUACCAUCGCGAAUCAUGCCAUAUUUAUAUUUGGGAUCGUUGAAGCAUGCAAACAGUUUGCCUUUGCUUUCCAAGUUGGGAAUUAAGAAAGUCAUAUCGGUCGGCGAACCAUUAUACUGGCUUAACGGCUAUAUGUUUCAAAAGAAUAACAAUGUCUCUAUUGAUGAAUUGGAUGGUGGCAAUAUUGAGGUGUAUAAUAUAACACCAUCGAAUUCUAAGUCCAACGCUUGUUGUGUCGAAACCGUAUUGAAGGUUAAUAACUUACAGGAUGAUGGUAUUGAUGAAUUAUCUGCUUCCUUACCCAGUGUUCUCAAGUAUAUCGAUAAUGAGUACAAAAAGUCAAACGGAGAGACUAAAAUUUUGGUCCAUUGUCGUGUUGGUGUUUCCAGAUCUGCCACCGUAGUGAUUGCCGAGGUGAUGAAGAGAUUAAAUAUUACUUUACCAAAAGCGUACCUUUACGUAAGAGUCCGUCGCUUGAAUAUCAUAGUUCAACCCAACUUACGGUUUAUGUAUGAGUUAUUCAAGUGGGAGGAAGGAGAAAAGAGAAAAUUAUUACAGAACGAUGAGUCUGAUGCCAGUGACAAAAAGACACAAGAUACCUUACGUGAAAUAGAUUGGUUUGUUAUGUGUCGUGAAAUAAUGAAUUUAAAUCUCCCUUAUUUAGUGAAGUGA